GGCCCUUUAGCCGCAGCGCCGGCCAAUGUGCUGCGGGCGCGCCGCGCUUGCCCGGCGGCCUGCGGACACGACAUCUGCCCAUGCAGCGGGGAAGACAUAGUGGUCUGCGACGACGACGAAGACCCAAGCUGUCCUGCGACGAAGAGCAGCCCAGUGAUAUGCGGCGUGCAGCCCACUGGGGUGCUGGUCACGCCUGACAGGCCAAGCCAUUGGCGCGGCGGCUGCAGGUCAAUCCAAUGGGCCCCGCCGGCGCCCGAAAGGCCAAGCGAUUGGGCGCCAGCUGCGACGUGGCCCAGGCCGAGCAACUGGGCUCCGCCAGCGCCAGAGAGGCUCGGGGAGCCCGAGGGCGAGUGUUCGCCGAUGACGGCCAGGGGGCGCCACGGCCGACGCGCGGAAGCGGCAGCUGCCCCCGCAGCGCCCCGGACGAUGCUGGAGACGCUGACACCACGUCUUGCACGACGACUUCCAGGCGGUCGCCGCGGCAUCGGCGCAGGAGCAGUGGCACAGGUCUGCGCCACUGGAGGAGGCCCCAGCCAGUGCCUGAUUCCAUGCUGUGGCUCGAUAGUCGUGGCACUCCCUCUUGUUGCGUGAUGGUGCGUCUCGCUCUUGUUUGUUGAAGAUCAUCAUUUCGCUUGUUCGCUUGUGGGGGUGUCUGUCCGCGCAGACCGCAGGCCACGGCGGCGCAGUCUAGCCACCAUGUUUGUUAUUCCCAGGUCGUCGCAGUGCUGGACGCGAAGGCAUGCAGGUUCCGUUGACUCGCACGUCGUCGCGAUCGCAGGGCAAUUUCUGAGCCUCCACCCUCCCUGUCCUUCCCUAUCCAUUACAUUUCCUUCGCCUCUGUGCGUUUCCUCCGUGAUGCCUGUCAGUCUCGAUUUGGCUGUGCUUCGGUUGAUUGAAACGGUAGUGCCCAAUGUGGUUAGGGCAGGAAUGGACUUCAAGGUUGUAUUCUCCAGCAGGCUGAAUGUUCGCCUCGCGGAGGACAAGGCCGUUACCUUCGCCUCCUCGCAGCGCCUCCCCAAUCGUUUCUGUUUUCGCGUGCGUACGGUUUGUCCACCGAAUGCGACCAACGCGGCCGUGUCGUUGGGCACGAAUUUGGCCCCAGGUUGGCGGCGAGCGUGCAAAUGAGGAAGGGUUAAGAGGAAGGAGAGGUUCAGGAUGAUGAGGAAACUCAUCAUAUUAUUUCCCACUGUCGUCGUAAACUUCCUCGGGGCAGAUCCAGGAUGCAUGCGAGUUACGUUGCUGGAGUUUGCCCUGCCGUUGGGUACGGAGCCAUGGUGUUAAGCAUGGCGGAUGCUGAAUUCACAUGUCUGCAGAUGGUGUUCCAGCCCAUCAGUGGGCCACGAGUGUAUGGAGGUCAAUCGCCCAGCAGACACCUCCCCUUUUUCUUUUCGGCAACACGUGCAGAUCUGGCGGGAUCCUGUCGAGGGCCAGCAGCUUGAUUUGAAGGCCACGGGGUAAGCAGAGGAAGUCUCGAGGGCCCAUUCAAAUAAUGCUGAUCAGUCAACAUCGGAAAGGUUGGAAGGCCGUCGGCUUCACGGUUUGGCGUGAUGACCGAGGAUUUGUCAUCGAUUUGCUUCACACCCUCCCUGCCUUGUUCAAUAAGCUGCUCGAGGAAGGCGUUCAGCGGAUGCAUGAGCGCAGGAUGGCUGGCGCCCUGCAUGACGUUGCUAAUCCCCGCGUCUCACCCGACCCCCAUUAGACGAAUGCUGCGCUCAAAGAAGUUCGACGACCGGCAGAAAUAUUGGCUCUCUGCUUGUUCCCCAAAUCCAAAGGAUGGGAUAAUUGUCAUUACUGUGACCGCGCGGACCUCCCUCCC